UAAUGGGUGUGAUCUCUUGUGAUCGGGUUGUGAUCGAAGCCUCAGGUCGGAGGAGACGUUUUCUGAUGUCCUGUGACCAGUUGUGGGAUCUUUACUGUCAAUGAUUGACUUCUCCCUCAGCUCCAGGGUUAACCAUUCACCUGCCAGUACUAUUGACUGCGCUGUAACUCUUCCUGGACUGUUCACAUUGAGAGGCGGCUGCACUUAUCGUCUGACUCCACAGCAGUGAUGCACCCAGUGGCCACUUAGUGGCGCCCAUCGGAUGGUCCUAUUGUCGGACCACAUGAGAUUACAUCUAAGGAGACCCUAUACAAUAUCCUCCUCCGCUCCAGCCAUGAAGGACCUAUGGGGCCCCGUCCUGCUCUUUUCCUGCUUCCUUCAGGCUGGAUUAGUAUUUGGGACUCUCCGUUCUUUUGGGAUAUUCUUUCCAGAAUUUGUGGAAUAUUUUGACUCCCCGGCUGGAAGUGUCUCCUGGGUGACGUCUUGUGCGGUUGCAGUCCAGCAGCUGAUGAGUCCCCUGGGCUGUGCUCUCACCCUCCGGUUUGGAUCUCGUCCUGUUGUCGUCUUCGGAGGUUUUCUCUCAUUUUUUGGGAUGUUUUUAGCCUCCUUCUCUACAGAACUUUACCAGCUUUACCUCAGCAUCGGAGUCGUGUCAGGACUGGGAUGGGCUCUGAUCUUCUCCCCAUCGAUGGCGGCUGUGACCUGCUACUUCUCUCGGAGACGGUCCCUGGCCACAGGAUUUGUGCUGACUGGUAUUGGUGUCUUCUCCUUUGCCUUGACUCCCCUCCUCCAGUACCUUGUAGAAGAAUACUCUUGGCGAGGGGGCAUGCUCUUGCUGUCUGGAGUGGCACUUCAUUCUGUGCCAUGUGGGGCCCUGCUCCAUAUCCCUGGUGAGGCCCCGUCUGAGCAGCCCCGAUCCCUCCUCUGGGGCUGGGAACUUCUCAGGCAUUGGGCUUUCCUGCGGUACUGCCUGGCUGUUACUCUGAUCAAUGCUGCCUACUUUGUGCCCUUUACUCAUCUGGUUGCUCAUAUGCGGACGAAAGGCAUCGGAGAUCGGCAGGCCGCCUUUCUCAUGGCUCUGGUCGGGGUGGCCGAUGUCGGUGGCCGUCUGUUCGCUGGGUGGCUCUCUGAUCUUAGCUCAAAACAUACACUGCAUCUGCUGAGCCUGUGGACAGGACUGACCGCUGUGACCCUUGGGCUGCUUCCCCUUGCAGCUAGAGAGGUGGAGAUGGGGGCCGCUGUCACCGCAUUUGGUUUCUGUGCUGGGGCACUGACUCCGGGGGUCUUCUCGGCCCUCCCAUGGGUUGUCGGGGCAGAGAUGGUUCUUCCUGCACUUGGACUGCUGCAGAUGCUGGAGAGUGUGGGAGGACUCCUGGGACCUCCUAUAUCAG